GCGGGGCGAGGGCGGGCAGGGGCCGCUGCUCCGCGCCGCGUCCCGCCGCAUCCCACCGACACCCUCCGCCGCGCUCCUGCUCGGGUGAAGCUGAGAACGUUGAGGGGUGCUACCUCUGCUCCCAGACCAGUGACGGGAAGGACUGACAAACCCCAGGUGCCCACACCAGGCCUGGUGUUCAAGAUGUCAUUGAAGGUGCAGACGAGCAACAUCACCAACAAGAAUGACCCCAAAUCCAUCAACUCCAGAGUCUUCAUUGGCAACCUCAACACAGCAGUGGUCAAGAAGUCAGACGUGGAGACCAUCUUCUCCAAGUACGGGCGAGUGGUGGGCUGCUCCGUUCACAAGGGCUACGCCUUCGUGCAGUACUCCAACGAGAGGCACGCGCGCGCCGCCGUGCUGGGCGAGAACGGCCGCGUGCUGGCCGGACAGACCCUGGAUAUCAACAUGGCUGGAGAACCCAAACCCAACAGACCGAAAGGACUGAAGAGAGCGGCCUCUGCCCUGUACAGCGGCUAUGACUUCGAUUAUGACUAUUACAGAGACGACUUCUAUGACAGGCUGUUCGAGUACCGGGGCCGAGUGUCGCCGGUGCCGCGGGUGGUGCCCGUGAAGCGGCCGCGCGUCACCAUUCCCCUGGUGCGGCGUGUGAAGGCCUCGCUGCCCGUCAAGCUCUUCGCCAGGUCGGCCGCCAUCGCCAACAGCUCGGCCAAGCUGAAGCUGAAGUGCAGCGAGCUGCAGACAAUCAAAACGGAGCUGACGCAGAUCAAAUCCAACAUCGACGCUCUCCUGGGGCGCCUGGAGCAGAUCGCUGAGGAGCAGAAGCUGUCCUCAGAGGUCAGGAAGAAGGCAGAUGGCAGCAAAAGCGAAAUCUCCCAGGAAGAUACAGCAUCAGAGGCAGAGGCCAACACGGAGGAGCCGCUGAAUGGGGACGAGGGUGAGGAAGAAGGUCUCGCACGGGAUGAGUGUGAAGAUGAACUGGAGAACAGCCAUUACACAGAUGUGGAGGAAGCCAGACUACAGUAACCAGCCUAUUCAGAACAGCAGCAAGCAACAGUGUGAGGAAAACACGAGGCUAAACCCUGCCCUGGCACGCUGAGCAAGACAAGCUGAAUCCAAGUGCUGCUGUCAUCUCUACCUGGCAUUCAAAAGGCCCAACAUCUUCCAUCCAUCUGUAAAGCAAAGACAAAGAAAACUCAUCAUCCCAGUGAACCCCCACUCCCCUGUGCAAUGGAUUGGGAGCUCUGCAGGCAGCAGAGGCAGGAGCCAAACCCCAAACCAUCCGGAACUGUCACUGACUGGAACACAGGAGCGUCAGCACGAGUCACAGAUGUGGGUCUGGAGGAGAGGAGGGACAACUAUGCCUAACCCAAUAAAGACAUUUUCUUCCUGUGCUAGGUGAGAGCCAGAGCAUUUGCUAACUGGGGGAAAAGUACUGUCUCAGUUUGGACAAUUUGUGUUCUCUCUCUCAUGUUGAGGGUGUGGGGUGAGCUCUCCUCCCAGAACCGCCACCUCCUGGCCCGUCUCUUGCCCCACGAGCUGCCGUGUGCACACGGUCACUUCCAGCUGGACAGGAGUCGGUGCUGCUGCACGUGCUGGGCUCUUUGCAGCUGCUGGAAGAAAGGGAAAGGAAGCAGCCUGCAAGAAAGCAAGUGUUCCCAUGCAAGAGAAACAAAACACAUCAUCUGCAGCGCUUUGGUCUCCUCGUUCUCCACUGGGAAACCACUCUGUGCAAGUCUCUGCAGCGUGUGUGGAUCAGACCCUUUUCUUGGGCUGGCUGCUGCCUGGCAGGGAUGGAAAUCCACCCACUUCUGCCAGACACGUCAGCUCCUUCCCCAGGGUGCUCCCAUCUCCUGCCCCAGCCUCGCUGAGCCUUCACGUGGCCCCGGCCCAGCCCUGGCCCGCUGCAGUGCUGCUCCAAGGGCUCUGCUCUGGGGGAGCACCCCCAGCACCGUGCAUGUGGGCCUGCAAGCACCUGCCCUGCCUACCCACACCCCAGCUGCCCGUGCCCCGUGCCGCAGCCGGCGAGCAGAGGGCUGCAGCAGCCAGCAUGCGGCUUGUCCUGGGAAGCCCCUCACGCCGCAGCACCCGAGGGGUGUCUCAGCCUUUCUCUUCUUGUUCCUUCCUCCUUCCUGGGUUUAUCCAGCCUGUCUGAGUUCAGAGGCAGAUGGGACUGAAACUCACGCAGCACUUUAUUCAGAUCAGACGUGUCCUGCCCACCUUCCCUCUUCCCUUCCGAAACACACACACACAUCAGUGCUUUGAAUCCAGAAUGGUGUCCACACCUUCUCCCUGGUCAAACCCUCCCACCAAAUGCCUGGCCCCCACCCAGCUCAUGGAGUGCUCUGAGAGGGGACUCCUGCUUUCUGCUCCAGCACUCAAAGCCACACCUCUUCUACCACAUCUCUCUUUGAAGGGUGAAGGGGAAAACAGGUCCCCAGGGGCAAUGCCUCCCUCCCCCAAGGGCCAUCCUGGAGCAAGCAUGGCUCUUGAAGCACAAUGUUUUAUUUGCAUCUCUUAGUUUCAAGUGAUUCAUGAGGGACUGAAGGGAUCACCGUGCUUUCCCCUCCCCUUGUCCGGUUCCUGUACAAUUUACCCACUGUGUUGUACUGAGCCGUUGUAGAGCUGUUUUCUAGGCUUUGAGGGAUGAGCUGCAGUUUUUGCUAUGAACUGACUGUGAGGCUGAUGUUUGGGAGAAAGGUGACCUUGUACAUACGAUCCUGUAUAAUAAAAGAAA